CGCUCCUGUCUGGGCUUGUUUGUGCACACCGGAUUUGGCGGCGCCGCCAGGUUAUAUGUGCCUUUGCCAGUCUCCCGCACCCGGUUUCGAACUCGAGUCUCUGCGGUGCCGAAAGAUGGUUGGCCCUGGACGACGCUACUUAGCAACGCGACAUGUCCUUUAUCUCACCUUUUGGCGCCUCGACUUCUAAGCCCGGCCGUGGAUCCAUCGUUGUCCGUCUCCUUGCUCAGGACAAGCCCGUCCUCAGCACCGUGUCUUACCAGUACCCGCUGAAGCUGGUUGCACCCGACCCCAUACGACCACCCAGCCAUGGCGGCCAGGAAGACGGCGAGCCUCCCUCGGCAACCUCCCGUCUGGUACACACCGUCUUCCUACUCACCUACGGAGGCGGCAUUGUUGCUGGAGACAGCAUAGACCUGGACGUCAAGCUGGACAAGAAGACGAGCCUCAUCUUGUUGACCCAGGGCUCGACCAAGAUCUUCAAGGCACCUAGUCCAGAAGUAGUCUCGCGGCAGUGCAUGACGGUCCAUCUUAAACACGACUCGGCUUUGGUCUAUCUUCCAGACCCUGUCCAGCCGUUUGCCCAUACGGCUUUCUCACAGUCCCAGAUCUACCAUCUCGACAAAGAGCAGGGCAAUCUGUGCGUAUGCGACUGGGUGACCAGCGGUCGCUCUGCGCGGGGCGAGAACUGGGACAUUUUCGAAUACAAGAGCCGGAACGAGGUAUGGACACUGUAUGAAGCGGGGAAGAAGAGACUUCUUGUACGCGACAAUCUCAUCCUGGACAAGCAUGGUAGAACGGGCAUGCCGCUCUCCUCACGCAUGGACAACUACUCCGUCUUUGGCACCGUCAUCAUCCGCGGGCCAGUAUUCUCAUCGCUUUCCAAAUUCUUCUUGGAUGAAUUCGAUGCACUCCCGCGUAUUGGAGGUCGGAACUGGGGAGAUGGCGUGCAGCCGGAACUGCAGCCACACGAGCAGAGGCGACAUGAGAGGCAGCAGCGAGAGAAAACGGAUGGUCUGAUAUGGAGCGCAGCGAAUGUGCGAGGCUUUGUGCUGGUCAAGUUUGCAAGCAGGGACGUGGAGGGCUCAAGGAACUGGCUGAGGGACAUGGUCAAGGAAGAGGGCUCGUUGAUGAGGCGGUUUGGAGAAAGGGCACUCUUGUGCUUGAAGUGAGGCUUUCUUUGCAGGCAGGAUGCCUUGUUGAACGAUGACCAUCCGUGUGCACACGGGACAAGCACGGCUACUAUCUGGCUAUGAAAAAAGACACGCUGCUUAUCAAGCAGAACUUUAC